CAUUCCACAUCCAGCGUGGCGCUGAGGCCACCAAGGGGCAGCGGCACAGGGAAGCUUCUGGUGAGAAGGGACAGUAUUCGCGUCUAGCGGUCGCGCUAUCACAUCUGUCGCUGUCUACCGGAAGGUAGACGUAGACAGCCUGGCCGUCUGCCCUCACCACAAUGGAGAAAUUGCCGCGCUCCUUGCUUUCAGCUCCUGGGGGGAAGGCAGAUACAAUUCCUACCCUAUGGGCUCCAGGGACGCCCGCACAGAGAGGCCGUGGGCUCUGCCCAGCUGCUCCGCUCCCCAGGAGCCCCGGGGGAGUCUCCAUGGCUUCUCCCACCUCCACCAAUCCAGCGCACGCCCACUUUGAGAGCUUCCUGCAGGCCCAGCUGUGCCAGGAUGUGCUGAGCAGUUUUCAGGAGCUGUGUGGCGCCUUGGGGGUGGAGCCCGGUGGUGGGCUGUCCCAGUACCACAAGAUCAAGGCCCAGCUCAACUACUGGAGCGCCAAGUCGCUGUGGGCCAAGUUGGACAAGCGAGCCAGCCAGCCUGUGUACCAGCAGGGGCAGGCCUGCACCAGCACCAAGUGCCUGGUAGUGGGUGCUGGACCAUGUGGGCUGCGGGCUGCUUUGGAGCUGGCACUGCUGGGGGCUCAAGUGGUGCUGGUAGAAAAGCGCACCAAGUUCUCUCGCCACAACGUGCUCCACCUCUGGCCCUUCACCAUCCAUGACCUUCGGGCACUCGGCGCCAAGAAGUUCUAUGGGCGCUUCUGCACUGGCACCCUGGACCACAUCAGCAUCCGGCAACUUCAGCUGCUUCUACUGAAGGUGGCAUUGCUACUGGGGGUGGAAAUUCACUGGGGUGUCACUUUCACUGGUCUUCAGCCUCCUCCUGGAAAAGGCAGUGGCUGGCGUGCCCAGCUCCAGCCCAGUCCCCCAGACCAACUGGCCAACUAUGAAUUUGAUGUCCUUAUCUCCGCUGCAGGGGGUAAAUUCGUUCCUGAAGGCUUCACGGUUCGAGAAAUGCGGGGCAAACUGGCCAUUGGCAUCACAGCCAACUUUGUGAACCAGCGUACAGUAGAGGAGACACAGGUGCCUGAAAUCAGCGGUGUGGCCCGGAUCUACAACCAGAAAUUCUUCCAGAGUCUUCUGAAAGCCACAGGGAUUGAUCUGGAGAACAUUGUGUACUACAAGGAUGACACCCACUACUUUGUGAUGACAGCUAAGAAACAGUGCCUGUUGCGGCUAGGAGUGCUUCGCCAGGAUUGGCUGGAGACUGAUCGGCUGCUGGGCAGUGCCAAUGUGGUGUCUGAGGCUCUUCAGCGCUUUGCUCGGGCAGCUGCUGACUUCGCCACCAACGGCAAGCUGGGGAAGCUAGAGUUUGCUCAGGAUGCUCACGGGCGGCCUGACGUUUCUGCCUUUGACUUCACGACCAUGAUGCGGGCAGAGUGUUCCGCUCGUGUGCAAGAGAAGCAUGGAGCUCGCCUGCUGCUUGGACUGGUGGGAGACUGCCUGGUGGAGCCCUUCUGGCCCCUGGGCACUGGAGUGGCCCGGGGCUUCUUGGCAGCCUUUGAUGCAGCCUGGAUGGUGAAGCGGUGGGCAGAAGGCACUGAGCCCCUGGAGGUGUUGGCUGAGCGUGAGAGCCUGUACCAGCUUCUGUCACAGACAUCCCCGGAAAACAUGCACCGCAACGUGGCCCAGUAUGGGCUGGACCCAGCUAGCCGCUACCCCAACCUGAACCUCCGGGCUGUGACCCCCAACCAGGUGCGAGACCUGUAUGACGUGGUUGCCAAGCAGCCUGUGCCAAAGAAGAGUGACAAGCCUGACACGGGGGAUCUGACCAGCGGGUCAGCAGGCACCCAAGAGGAGCUGCUAUGCUGGUGCCAGGAAAAGACGGCUGGCUACCCAGGAGUCCACGUCACCGACUUGUCUUCCUCCUGGGCUGAUGGGCUCGCUUUGUGUGCCCUGGUACACUGGCUGCGGCCCAGCCUGCUGGAACCCUCAGAGCUGCAGGGCUUGAGGGCUCUGGAAGUGACUGCCUGGGCACUGAAGAUAGCUGAGCAUGAGCUGGGCAUCACACCGGUGGUGUCUGCACAAGCAGUGGUGGCCGGCAGCGACCCCCUGGGCCUCAUCGCCUACCUCAGUUCCUUCCACAGUGCCUUCAAGGACACCUCUGGCAGCCCAGGUGUGGUCAGCAAGGCUUCUCCUGGGACUUCCAGUGCGGUAUUAUUCCUUGGCAAACUCCAGAGGACGCUGCAUCGCAGCCGGGACAAGGACUUGUUGCAGGAAAGCAGGGAGGAUGCUGGUGGCAAGAAGCCUCGCUUGCAGGUGGAGGCUGACACCCCAAGUACCGAGGAGCAACCUGCACCGGAGCCCAGUGUACCCCUGAAACCCCCGUCCCAGCAGCAGGAGGAGUCUGCGCAGGCCAGUGCCAGGGACCUGUGUGCCCUUUGUGGGGAGCACCUCUACAUCCUGGAACGCUUCUGUGUAGAUGGCCAUUUCUUCCACCGGAACUGCUUCCGCUGCCGUGCCUGUGAGGCUACGCUGUGGCCAGGUGGCUAUGGGCAGCACCCAGGAGAUGGAUAUUUCUACUGCCUUCAGCACCUGCCCAGGACAGGCCACAAAGAAGAUAUCAUGGAUGGAAGCCCCAAGAGCCCGGAACUCCCCGUGCUGGAUGAGAAUAGUGUUCCACCAGGCCCCUCGACUCCCACAGCCCUGCAGGAGGCCAGUCCUGUCCCAUGCCCCAGCCAGCCUGCCCGUCGGCUGAUCCGUCUCUCCAGCCUGGAACGCCAGCGCCUGUCUUCCCUCAACAUUAAUCCCAGCCCAGAAGUGGAGCCUCCACCCAAGCCACCCCGUAGCUGCUCGGCCUUGGCACGCCAGGCCCUGGAGGGCAGCUUUGUGGGCUGGGGUGUACCAGUCCAGCGUCCACUUGUUCUUGAGGCCAUGGAGGAGGAAAAGAGUCCCUCCUCUAGUGAAGAGGAAGAAGAGGAAGAGGAAGAUGAGCCUUUGGAGUCAGACUUGGAGCAGGCCCUGCUGACCUUGGCUAAGAACACAGGCACCAUGAACAAAUACCCAACAUGGCGCCGGACUCUGCUGCGCCACGCUAAAGAGGAGGAGAUGAAGAGGUUCUGCAAGGCCCAGGCCAUCCAGCGGCGACUAAAUGAGAUUGAGGUUGCUCUGAGGGAGCUGGAGGCUGAGGGCGUGAAGCUGGAACUGGCCUUGAGGAGCCAGAGCAGUUCACCAGAACAGCAAAAGCAGCUCUGGUUAGAGCAGCUGCUGCAGCUGGUCCAGAAGAAAAAUAGCCUGGUGGCUGAGGAGGCCGAGCUCAUGAUCACGGUACAGGAACUAGACCUAGAGGAGAAGCAGUGGCAGCUGGACCAUGAGCUGCGGGGCUACAUGAACCGGGAAGAAACCCUGAAGACAGCUGCGGAUCGGCAGGCUGAGGACCAGGUCCUGAGGAGGUUGGUGGAUGUAGUGAACCAGCGGGAUGCCCUCAUCCGCUUCCAGGAGGAGCGCAGGCUCAGUGAGCUAGCCUCAGGAACAGGGUCCCUGGGCUAGAGGAGGCUGGGCUGCCUGCCUUCUUCCCUACAAGAUGGGCUCGUGCCAGGACAGUGCCACCCCCACUCAUUUGGGCUGUGUGCAAAGGGGGCUUAACUGUUUCCAAUAAAAAUGUUUGUGCCACAAACAGGAUUUAGGCUGCA